UACAAGUCCUUAUGCCUGACUUUUAUCAAUCAUAUUCAACAUGGAUUACAUUUGAAAGAGUCUUGUUUAGGGGUGGAUGUAGUCUGUUCCUUUUGUAUUUUGUGGAAGAAAGGCUUUCCAUUAGGCCCAUGUGGCUGAUGGUGACAAAGUACAGGUCUAUGUCUCCAAUUAAUAUUGAGAAGAAAUGGAAAUGAGGGACAUUGAAGGAAAUGAAUGUGCACUUACGUGUGAAGCCAGGGGAGGUGUUCAUAUUGAACAUGUAGCCUAGAUGUUCAUUACACUCUGGGAAUGCGCACUGCGCACCUACCUAUACAGCACAUUCUGAUUUCAUUGGUGCAUCCAGAGCCAUAUUUAAACAGGCCUACAGCUCUGGUGCACCUGUCGUUGCAGCCCAUCUUUUCUCAGACGCUGAUGGCCCGUACAAAAUGUCUCAGUCAGACGAUGCUUGCAGGGCUACCCAACCACAUAGCGCCGGGCGGCCAAACUGACGUUUCUUGAAGGUAUGUUGCGAUCAAUGGAGCAGCAAAUUAAAUUCAGGUUGAGUCGUCAGGCAAAUACGACGCUACUACCAGCUAAAGCACUUGUUGCUGCUGCGCAGAGCUACUGCGCAUCAUAGGCGAGAGAUAGUGGCCGAAUUGCCAAUAGGAAAGUAUUGGACCUAAUUUACUGAACAUAAUUAACAAUGAAAAAACAAAUAGUAACCAAAAAAAUCUUGUAAGGGACAAUGAGUUUACAACUCAAUUAUAGUGGCAAUGGCAGUUCAGAGCGGGAGGACGCGGGAGGAACUGAUGAAACAGGUGAACACGACUUUGCGCUUCUAAAAGCUGGAGUUUUGGGAUUGAUUUUUGUCUUAGCCACAUGUGGGAAUUUGUGUCUUCUACGUGCACUUCGGAGGAAGCGCAAGAUGAAUACAAGGACCCACCUGUUCCUUCUGCACCUGUGCUUCGCGGACCUAGUGGUCGCUUUCUUCCAAGUCCUACCGCAGCUCUGCAUGGAGAUUACGCACCGGUUCCGCGGCUCAGAUUUCGUCUGUAGGUCGGUGAAAUAUCUUCAGGUGGUUGGGAUGUUCGCCUCCACAUACAUGAUAGUGGCCAUGACCAUUGAUCGGUACCAUGCGGUCUGCAAACCCAUGGUGUCGUUCUUGAAGGGUUCCUUUAAGAGGUACGUCGCCAUAGGCGCAGCGUGGCUGAUCUCUCUGGCUUUCAGCACUCCGCAACUCUUCAUCUUCUCUCUCCAAGAACUAGAGGACAACCUGUAUGAUUGUUGGGCGACAUUUAUUGAACCUUGGGGUUCUAAGAUAUACAUCAGCUGGAUUACUUUAUCAGUGUUUGUUCUCCCGGUUAUCAUCUUGCUGUACUGCCAGAUUAAAAUAUGCACGGGGAUAUACUUUAACAUGAAGAGAAAGGCGCUCCAGGCUUCCACGAGCGAAGGGCGCACGGGCACCAAAGGGGUCUCGAGCGCGAUGUUGAAGACGGUCAAAAUGACAUUCGUCAUCAUUAUGGUCUACUCGAUAUGCUGGAGCCCCUUCUUUGUGGUCCAGUUGUGGUCUGCAUGGAGUCCCAGUACAGCGCCCACAAAUGGUCCACUGUUUGUCAUCAUCAUGCUGCUUGCCAGUCUGAACAGCUGUACCAACCCCUGGAUCUAUCUUUACUACAGCUAGGAGACACUAUGUUGGACUAGCUCUGGUCCAGGGUGCUACUUUCAGCUUCACAGAAGGCUCAGCAUCAGCAAGCCACACAUAACACCAUGGACCAGAGCUAUUGAUGGACCAUAUGGGCAAUAUGGAAACUCCCCCAACUCCACUGCUUCACCUUGUACUGUAUAUAGCAUUUCUUUGAUGUCAUUGAAGACCCAUGGUUUAGACACAUGUAAAUAUCCUCGUUGAUUCAACAUCAAGAUUGGUAUGUCAAGCCGACCAUUUUAGCUCUCAGCAGUAAGCAAAUUGAAUGUAUAUUCUUUCAAGCUAAUAUUCUAUAAGAGGUGCAGGAACUCGAGCAGUAGAACAUUUGAGGUGGCGGUAGUCAGUUCAGGUGAGCUCCUGCCCAAACCAAUCACUGAUUAUCUACCAGAAAAACUAUUGUGAGGAAGGAUAUGGGCAUCAGUGAACAACGAAUGGUUGCUUUGUGAGUAUAAUGUAUAUUUAUUAUGACUAUCUGGUCCAUAUAUUUAUUGAUGUGUUUGAGCUUUGACAUAUCUUUACAUAGAUAUAUCUGUAUUUUCUCUGUUUUGUGUAAUGCAACAAUAAAACACGUCUGUACAUGAUUUGAAUAAUUCCCUGAACAAGUCUGAAUGUAUCUAUCUACUAAUACUCACAUUGUUUUAAAACCCUGGUGCAAAACUCUGUUCAGGAGGAGUGUAAAUGUUUCCUGUAGCUGGGGUCAUGUGGUUGUGCUGAUUGUUUUCCAUGUUUAACAUUACUGUUCUGUUGUGUUGAUUGUUUUUCAUGUUUAACAUUACUGUACUGUUGUGCUGAUUGUUUUCCAUGUUUAACAUUACUGUACUGUUGUGCUGAUUGUUUUUCAUGUUUAACAUUACUGUUCUGUUGUGCUGAUUGUUUUUCAUGUUUAACAUUACUGUUCUGUUGUGCUGAUUGUUUUUCAUGUUUAACAUUACUGUACUGUUGUGCUGAUUGUUUUUCAUUUUUAACAUUACUGUACUGUUGUGCUGAUUGUUUUUCAUGUUUAACAUUACUGUUCUGUUGUGCUGAUUGUUUUCCAUGUUUAACAUUACUGUACUGUUGUGCUGAUUGUUUUCCAUGUUUAACAUUACUGUUCUGUUGUGCUGAUUGUUUUCCAUGUUUAACAUUACUGUACUGUUGUGCUGAUUGUUUUUCAUGUUUAACAUUACUGUUCUGUUGUGCUGAUUGUUUUUCAUGUUUAACAUUACUGUUCUGUUGUGCUGAUUGUUUUCCAUGUUUAACAUUACUGUUCUGUUGUGCUGAUUGUUUUUCAUGUUUAACAUUACUGUACUGUUGUGCUGAUUGUUUUUCAUGUUUAACAUUACUGUUCUGUUGUGCUGAUUGCUGCUGCCUUCUCGGCCAGGCCUCCCUUGCAAAAGAGACUCUGUGUCUCAAUUGUCUUUUCCUGGUUAAAUAAAGGUAAAAUAA